AUGGGAGACUCUAUUGGCGGCAUUUUGACCAUAAGAGAUCAAAGUGGUUUAAGAAGAGUAAGAACACGAAUCGUCGAAAGAGAAGAUUCCUAUGAAUUCCGGUAUCCUAUUUUGCUGCCAUCGAAGCACUACAUAGUGAACUGUUUAGUGAGAGACUAUCACUUGAAAUAUUCACAUGCUGGAACUCAAGCAUUGACUGUUAUAAUGAGAGAAGAAUUUUGGAUAAUAGGUGCUAGGCGCACAAUCCGAUCAAUUGUUAAGAACUGUGUUCGAUGUAAAAGAUUUGCUGCAAAACCUCCAACUACUGGAUCCAUUCAGUUACCAUUGGACAGAGUUCGUGAUGCUUUCGCCUUUGAAGUCACCGAAAUAGAUUUAUGCGGUCCGCUUAUUCUCCGGAAUAAAACUAAGACUUGGAUAGUAUUGUUUACGUGUGCGGUACAUCGAUGCGUACAUUUAGAGUUGGUGUCAUCCAUAAGCACAGAGACCUUCAUACAAGCGCUUCGGCGUUUCAUAGCCCGAAGAGGUCGCCCGUCUGUUGUGUACACCGACAAUGGGACUAAUUUUGUUGGAGCGUCAAGAUUGCUGAGAAAAAUAGAUUGGAAAAAGGUGAUAUCGCUGGAAACGUUAAGCCCCAUCACUUGGAAUUUUAUUCCGCCCACAGCUGCGUGGUGGGGCGGAUGGUGGGAGCGUCUAGUUCGGUACCACUAA